AUGGCGACGCCAUCAGGCGCAAGCAGCCCAACCGGGUCGCUCACACCCUCCACCUCAGUUCACCCCUCCAUCGUACCAGCACCUUACGCCGAGAACGACCAGCACGUCUGCUUCAUCUGCCUCCAGAACGAGAACGACACCCCCGACGCGACCUGGGUCCAUCCAUGCCCAUGUACCCUCGAAGCCCACCAAGACUGCAUGUUACAAUGGGUAGCAGAGAUGGAAGUUUCCAACCGGCGGUCAAAGAACGGUCUCCAAUGCCCAGCUUGCAAAUCCCCCAUCACAGUCGAAGAACCCUACGAUGCCAUCGUCGCCUUGCGCAACCGCUUCAACCGGAAGUUCAGCCGAAUAUCCCCAGGCCUUCUUGUCCUCAUAGUCAGUGAAUGCAGCGUUGUUGGCGCCGCUAGCUAUGGCUUUGCUGCGAUCACAGUAUUUGCCGGGCGGAAGGCUGUCGCGUCCAUGGUUGACAAGAUGGGGGUAAUACCUACGGUAAUUACAUGCUCCUUGAUCGGGCCGGGGUUGGUGCUGUCAAGGUGGUUGGCUUCCUUGGGCAACUUGGUGGUGUUGCCAGUUAGUGCACUGUACAGCACGUUCCUAAUCGGCCGCAGUCAACCUCUCACCUGGCCCCCAUCACCAGUAUGGGCCGUGGCUUUGAUGCCGAGCGUCCAAUUCGCUUACACGUUUCUCUACUACGAGCUCUUUGGCAAGCUGGAAAAGCGGCUCAACCGAGCCCUCCGUGGCAGGCCCAUGGAUGAAGAGCCGCCGAACGAGGCACAGCAGCAACAGCAACCACCACCUAUCCAAGCUGUCGCAGCUAAUGGCCAGCAGCAACAACGGCAACCUGGCGAACAACAACAACCACCACCACAAAACGGAGCAGGAAACAACAACAACAACAACAACAACAACAACAACAACAACAACAACAACAACCAAAGAGAAGGCGAAAACGGAGAAGAAGGCAUGUGGGACGCGGUAAUCAAUCUCGGCCGCGCGGUGGUGGGCCUCUUUGGGGAUGACGACGACCAAGCAGAUGCUGAUCUUGAUGACGACGAUGUAAUGGGCAGAGCCGAUGAAAUCGUCUUUGAGGUGCAGCUCAAUCUCGGAGAUGACGGGCAUGACCAUGAUCAUGAUCAUCACCACCACCAUCACAACGAUGACGAUCAAGAUGAAAUGGGGAAUAUUCAUAUGGAUGUGGCUGUUCCUGCUGGGCUUCCUGCACCUCCGCCGGCAGCGGCACAACAACCGGCUCCUCCGCCACAGAACAACAACGGCCGCAACCUCCGCAACCACCGCAACCGCGACAACAACGAAGUUGCCCGUCCACCACCCGGUCCGAACGGGGAGGGGGAAACGAAUUUCUUGUCGCUGUUUAUUAAUUCGAUAGUCUCGUCGCUUCUCAUGCCGGUGAUUUCGUUUGGCAUGGGGGAGGCGAUUCGGUUCUUGGCGCCCAAGUCGUGGGUUACGAGGUCGAUCUUUCAAAGGGAUUCAAUCUGGUCGUCGAUUUGGGGUGGUGGUGGGAGGAGGAGGACUAUUCCUGUUGCUGCUGGGACUGGCGGGGUGUUUGCGCCUAGUAUACUGCAGCAUCAGUGGGGGAGGAGUUUGGUCGGGGGGUGUUUGUAUGUGGUGCUGAGGGACGCCUGGACGCUGUAUGUCAAGUGGAGGAGGGUGCAGGUGAAGCAGAAUAGGAGGGUGAAGAAUGUGGAGAGACGGGCGGCGGGGAAGGAUAACUAG